AUGAUGUGCUUCUCGAAAGGUCUUGGUGCACCGGUCGGUUCAAUACUUGUUGGAUCGAAAACGUUCAUCGACAAGGCUAGGCGAAGUCGGAAGGCAGUGGGUGGUGGAUGGCGACAAGCUGGUGUACUAGCGGCUGCAGCACAUGUUGCCCUUGACAAAGCAGAGGAUACCAUAAAAAGAGACCAUGCCAACGCAAAGAAACUUGCCUCUGGUAUCAACGCGAUAACACCGGAAGAACUUAAACAUACCAUCCACGCUCCAGAUAUCGGAAUUACGAACAUGGUCAUAUUAAAAUGUUGCAACGGUGUAUCUCCAAUACAGGCGAGUUGGAAAUAA